AUGGCUGUGAAUCUGAGUAAAAAUGGUCCUGCACUCACGGCUGCUUAUAAAGAAGUCGUGGACGGAAAGUCAGACACAAACUGGGUGCUGUUUACUUAUGAAGGGAACAGUAAUGAUAUCCGUCUGGCAGAAAAAGGAGUCGGUGGAUUGGAGGAGAUGGUGGAGGAACUGAGCAGUGGGAAGGUGAUGUACGCCUUCUGUCGCGUCCAGGACCCCAAUUCUGGUCUGCCCAAAUACGUCCUCAUAAACUGGACAGGUGAAGGGGUGAAGGACUCUCAGAAAGGAAAAUAUGCCAAUCAUGUGAGCUCAAUGGCCAACUUCCUGCGGGGAGCCCAUGUGACUAUAAAUGCUCGGGGAGAUGACGACGUGGAGCCGGAGACCAUCCUGUCGAAGGUGGCCAAAGCGUCCGGAUCCAACUUUAACUACCACAAACAAACACAAGAAUACAGAGAUGCACCCAGAGGACCUGUGGGCUCAGUCUAUAGGAAAGUCAACGCUGUGGAGGAGAUUCAACAAACCAACAAAGACGACUUUUGGGUCCAAGCUCAGAGAGACGAGGAAGUUCGUCGACGGGAGGAGAGCAAGCACGCGGAGCUGGAGAGACAAAAGCUGGAGAAGGAGAGGAGAGAGACGGACGAGAAGGAGGCGAAGGAGAGAGAGAAGAGGGCAAAGGAGAGAGCUCAGCAGAUCGAACAGGACAAGGUUUAUCAGAAGCAGAGAGAAGAAGAGGAAAGAGAGAGAGAGCAGCAGCGACAGGAUCAUCAUGAAAAAGAAAACAAGAAGAGUGGAAUCAACACUGCUGCGUCUGUGCAGAAAGCAAACGAGGCCAAAUCGCUGAUAUCUCAGAGAUCGUUCAAUCCCAGAGACGUCUUCAAACAGCGGGAGCAAAACUGUGAGGUGGACAGACAGUCUGCUGCUGCGUCCAGACCCGGGAAGCUUCAGAGUCCGUUUUUAUCUCAGAAAUCCUUUGAGGGAGAAACCCCCCUAAAGCCUCCCGCUGUGACCCCCGUCCCACCUGUGCUGUCUCACUCUCCUGUCCGACCCGUCUCACCUGUGCUGUCUCACUCUCCUGUCCGACCCGUCUCACCUGUGCUGUCUCACUCACCAGUCCGACCCGCUUCACCUACUCCACCAGAGACAGCAGCCUCACCUGUUCAAGCUGCAGACGCUGUUUACACUGAAGAUGACGAGUGGUCCGAUGAGUUUGAUGAUGAUGCAGAAGAAGCUACACCAGAUGAAGCAGCAGCUCAAGAAAAUCUGUAUGAAGCACCACGAUCAACCGUGACAGAAGAGGAUCUGUACGAAAAUGUUUACCAGGAAACUCCAGCAGUGAACACAGAGAGCAGUGGACAAGGCACCUGUGCCAGAGCUCUGUAUGACUACCAGGCUUCUGAUGACACUGAGAUUACCUUUGACCCCGAUGACAUCAUCACACAGAUAGACAUGGUGGAUGAGGGCUGGUGGAGAGGUUACGGGCCUGACGGACACUACGGCAUGUUUCCUGCCAAUUACGUGGAGCUUCUCUAG